GAAACGCGAAGAAAGUGCAAAACGACUCUGUGCCGUGAAAGUAUCUCACGUUCUCCUACCUGGUCGUGUGCGUACGGUGAAAGGAAUAGGAAAGGUACACUUUAUGUUGUUGUUAAUGUUUUGUGAGCCAAAACGAGAUACGGAAGAAUCAUCCCCCGCGGGGACGAAAGAAAAAACACGCAAACAUCACUCUCUUUGCUGAAUGUAAGAAGUUUGCUUCGCGUAUUCCAUUCGUGCGAGGUUUACUGCGCUACGGCAGCGAUAAGAAAAGUAAACUUUAGUGAAACUGUGCGCUACCGUUGCAAAGGGGUUGCUACGAGUAUCUUUUGCAGUGGUGUACAUUCAAGCCUGCCUCUACACCCUUCGUAUCGGACUGAUUGACCCUGUCUAGCAGGAAGUGCGACCCCGCCAUCGGGCGUGUAUGUUUAAUUAACACAAACGCUGAAUGUCCAACUGUAUCAUCAACUUUAAUACGGUCAGCAUUCAACGGCAGUCCCUGGUCUAAAAGCGAACCACCGCCGAAGAGGACUUUGUUGUGGUGUCUAAAUUUAGACACUAGCUGCCUGAUCGAAUACCUUGGGAUUGUUUUUGUGCAUCCUGAUAUUGUAAAUAUCGCUACCCGAAAAAUCCAUCCUGAAAACGAAGCAAAACAGAAAAAAGCAUAAGCCCACGUCAGCCUUCGGAAGUAGCGAGCGUUCGCUACUAGAUCUUUCGGAAAGCCAGUAACAAAGACCGCUUUUCUAAUCAUCCACCACGCAUACAGACGUGCAAAAGGCCGUCAUAAUAUAGCGACAUCGCGGUGCCAGUAAAGUAUCCGCCACUUCAGGAGACUUCCAGAUUUGAUCAAAACAUUCGCCCGACAGUUCUUGGAGGCGAGGAGAGAUUGGAAUUUAAAAAAAGCUAAACAAAGCUAGAUGAUCAGCGUCUGAAGGUUCUAGCAAACGAAUCGGCUGAGUACAUAAUCCUAACGGGGUACAGUCACAGACAGUGUGUACACGUUCAAAACAACGCAGUAAGCGGUUACGGUUUCACACCGCACACGGAACCACGCGACCCGCCCUGUCCCGCGAGAGACACCUAGCGACAAUAUUUUGUUUUCGACGCAGCACAUCAACGGAGGCAUUGAAUUACAUCAGUGUGUAAUUUACUGUUUGCUGCGAGAAGGGUAGAAGCUGAACAAAAAAAAAAAAACAGCGCUACCACAAAUUCCAUUACUGCAUCACCGGACUUCAGCAACAUGGAUGUAACGCUGAUCGUGAAGGCGUCCAAUCAGCAGUGCGAGGACCUGACCAUCAAAUGCGAACCCUCCUGGACCAUACGCCGACUGAAGGGCCAUCUGACGGAAGUGUAUCCCGGCAAACCGAGUUCCGAUGAGCAGAAACUUAUUUACUCCGGUCAGCUGCUCAGCGACAGCGUGGUCCUGAAGGACGUUCUCCGACAGUACGAUGGCCAGCAGGCGCACACAGUACAUCUAGUUUUCACGCCAAAGAACAGCUACUACGGAAACGGCGGUAGCAGCAGCAGUGCCAGCAAAUCGAACAGAAACACAAACGGAGGCAACAAAAUGGCAUCCGCCAAUAGCACUAGCACAUCCGGUGCCAGUAGUUCGCGUGCGGCAAGUUCUAACUCGCCGGGCAGUUCGAAUAAUAAUGAAACGACAUCCAACGACAGUGUGACCGGUGGUGGUAGUUCACGAGAGCACGAGGGAACGUCGAUGGUGGACGGUGUCGGUAGCGAUGGGUUACGGCAUCGCACAGUUUUGCAAACCAGACCUGGACUGCGCACGUUACCGGGACCACCGCCAUUCAUGGAGCAGACAGUCGCGAUGCAAAAUUUAAUGCAACAGACCUACAUGCAGUACCUUAACCAAUACAUUAAUAUGAUUAAUGAACAGGGUGGUAUCAAUGCUCUGUACUCUGCUACGGGAGUGCCACCAGCUUCAGGAACGGCCGCUGCUGUGAAUCCCCUUACCGGUUCGCCGGUGUUCCCAUCCGUUCCAUUCGUUCCAGUGCAGCCAUCGGCAGGCACGGCCGGAUCUUACCCCAACUUUGCCUACUACCCUUGCAUGACACCACCAUCAUCGCACGUUGGUGGACUACCUACGGCCACCAGCAUUCCAACACCGAUCGUACCGGCAGCAGUCAGUUCGGGAUCUGCUCAACCAGGCACCACCACUCCUGGCUUCCUACCAUCUCCUGCCAUUCCAUCCACGAGUACCAGCACCAGCCAACAGACACCUACGUCGCUGCUUUCUAGCGGUGGAGUAACGGCUCCGAGCGCAUCGUCCGAUGCGUCUUCUUCCACGGCGGCAACUACGGCACAAGCAGCAGGAACAGACACAACAGCAGCGGUCGCACCCGCACAAGUGGCGGCACCCCAGGACGAAGCUGCCGCCGCUGUGGCUAACGCAGCUCCGGGCCGGGCUCGUCGGUUUCCGAACAUUGUGGUGGAGGAGCAGGAGAAUAACGAUUGGCUGGAUGUGUUCUUCAGCAUGUGCCGCGUGGGUAUACUGAUGACGGUCAUUUACCUCUACUCGUCCCCGAUGCGAUGCCUGACGGUGCUCUUCAUUGGUGUAAUGUUGUAUCUGAAAAAACAUCUUGAUCGCGUCUAUCAGGCGAUUGACAGGCGCUUCACGCGUUUGCCAGCGGCGCAGGAGGGAAAUGCAGCCCAACCGGCGGCCGCACAGCCAAACAAUAACCUUGUACCUGAACAGCAAGGUCCUCCAGUGCGCGAUGGCGGAGCUACUGUAAAUGACCAACCGGUUACUACAGGAGGAGCAUUAUCUGCAGCCUCCGAAGCCGCUGCGCGAACCGAUGGCGCGGUAGCAGAAGGUGAGACUGUUGGAACGCCUUCCACUUCCCAAAGCCCCGCUCCCGUUCCUCGCCCACGAACUGGUCCAGCUAGCGGUACGGCAGAACCGAACACCGCGGUUCCCGCUAAUAACAACGAAACGGAACAACUUCUCGAGCGCCCGUCGACAGCUGCGACUCAAAGCGACUCGCCGUCCGCCGAGCAACCGGCGGCCGAAGGACAACGCAUGACGUUCAACGACAUGACGUCUUUCCUCGGAACGCUCGUGAUAACGUUUUUCACCUCCAUUAUUCCGGACACUCCGGCAGCGUAAACGUUCUUUGCGAGGUCUCUGCUUCGCAUGCACAUUUGACUGGUUGAUUGUUCUUAAUGCGUUAGCCGGCAUUAUAAAAUACUAUAAAAUAAGGAAACCUGUGUAUAGGUAGAUCUAUCCCAGGGCUGUGGGCAUACCGUGGACUUCUUCAAUAAGUCGUGGAAGUCGGAAAACCGACGGUAGAAUGCAACAUUUCAUGGCGGAAAUUAAGCCAGCCUUGUUUUGCGUUUGUGUUACGAUUUUAAAUUGUUUUUCCCUCCCUUAUACUGAAUAUCUGCAAAAUUAUGUAAAUCUGUUAAUAGCCACUUGUCAUAUAAUUUAAGAGAUACAACCAGAUAGCGGGAGGUCGUGAAACAGAUCACGGAAACUUACGGACCCCGGCGGUCGCCGCUUCUACGGGGUGCAAUCCGGAGGUUUCACCAUCCUUCUCUGUCCGCAAGGUGCUGUAAGAUUUGUUUAUUGUUUUUUUUUAUAUAUAUUUUUAACAUACCAAUAUAACAGGCCACUCUUACCGCUGGAAGGGAUGAUAGUUGGCAUAAGUGUUAGAAAAGAAAAGUAAUAAAUAUAAAAAAACAGUUUGUUAAAAUUACGAAUUUGCACGAGCAAAUUACUGC